AACCAACCAGUAUCCUAGCAACCAAGAAAAUACUCUAAAAUGGAUAUUCUCGAACUUAUUCACUCUGAAACUCAACAAAACGAGCACAAACCACACAAAUGCAAAGUUUCUAAUUGCGAGAAAGCAUUCAAACGUCGAUCUGAUCUGUCUAGACACGAACGUAUUCACACUAAUGAAAGACCAUAUGUUUGUCCAGACCUAUCUUGUUCCAAAAGUUUCAUCCAGAGAUCGGCUCUGAAGGUUCAUAUGAGAACUCACUCUGGAGAAAGACCUCAUAUAUGUGAAGAUGAAGAUUGUGGAAAGACCUUUAGUGACAGUUCAUCCUUGGCACGACAUCGACGAAUUCACACUGGAAAGCGUCCUUACAAAUGCCGUCAUGAUGGCUGCAAUAAAACAUUUGCCCGAAAAGCCAUAUUGACUCAACAUCAAAAGGUAGCACACGAAUCGGCUGUCAAGCGCGCACCUCUGCAAUGGCGUCCAUUGAAUGAGAGUCUCGAAGCAAAUAAACGCCACUUAACCCGCACGCCUCAAAGUGCCAAACGGACCAAAUCCAACGCAGCUACCAAUAUAACCACCAAAUCUAUCAAACCUACCAAAUACAAAUCUACAACGAUCGUUAUUGAACCCACACCAAUAACAACAGCCGAAGCAGUCGAAACAAAGGAUAUUACCAAACCUGCUCAAGAUAACCUUAGUCAAGACAAGCCAACGUCUGUCUUAUCCUACACAAUGCCUCUUUCGCCCGCCCUUUCGCUUGUCGACCCAGUUUGUUAUGAUAUUAGCCAUGAAGCCCUUCUCUCACCCACCAUCACCUCUGGUACGACCUCACCCGCCAACUCUCCUUUGCUAUACCACAAAACCAAUUCCAAUCAUCAUCAUCAUCGGACCCAUCAUCAGAGUCAACAAUCUCCACCAGCCAAGACCUGCACUCUACCGGCGAUGAUGAUGACAUGGCCAGUUACACCUCCUCCGGUUUGGCAGGAAGCGUCUGUGGAACGACCAUCGGCAGCAAUACAGUAUGUACCUUACGUAUUUGAACCCCAUGAAGACCCGUAUCUAUCCCACAAUGAGAUGCAUAAUAUCACCAAUCAUCUCCACACAUUCUCUGUCAAUGACUCCAUCAAUCGACACUGCCCUUCUUUCUCUCUGCCCUCCGACAAUUACACUCUUUUUUCCUCCUUCCGCCAGCGAACAUAUUCUCAGCAAACACGAUAUGAACCCUAUUGA